AUGGCACGCACCACCGGCCUGGGGCUCUUCAUCUGCGCCGUGCUGCUGCUCGCUGCCGCCGUGCCCUUGGAGUCGGCUCGGGUCUUGAGAGAAGCACCGUCCGCCACUGGUGGCACUGGUGUCACCGAGGUAUCCAUGAAGGUGCCCGACGAGGGGCAGAGGCAGGUCGGCAAGGCGGCGGAGUCCAAGCGCCUGAGCCCCGGAGGAUCGGACCCUCAACACCAUUAG